UUUGGGGCACUUUUUAUCGGGGUCAUCAUUGCAACAAUGCUCUUUGGUCUAACCAAUGUUCAAGCUUUCUUCUACUUUCAGACGAACAAGGGCACAGGGAUCACAUUCAAUAAGCUGGCCGUCCUCUGGCUUUGGUAUGUAUUCUUUCCCGUUGCCAUCGUCGAUGGCGUCGAGGUUACGCCGUCCCCUAAAUUUUUAGGAUACUUGAUGCUCUGCACAUGUUCUUAAUAGUCCAUUGCAUCUACUAUUAUUUGGUGACGAACUACGCGAACAUCAGUGCACUCACAAACAUUGUAUGGAGCUUCAAACUUCAGAUCAUCAUCGAUGUUUUAAUCGUCUAUGGGGUACAUCUUCUGUAUGUCUAUCGCAUGUGGUUAGGUAUGUGUUUCCCUGUCAAUGGAUUUCUACGACUGAUGCAAUGUACCUAAUCGCCGAGGGCCGAUCAAAAGUCCUCCCUAUAACAGUGGGCACAAUCGUAAUACUAGGCUCAGGCGUUGCCAUCUCCAUGGUUUGGGCCGUAUAUAAGUGUCGCGUGUUUACAGAUUUUAUCAAAAUCGAGUGGACGACAUAUAUGACUUUGGGCACGAUGACUUUUGUCGAUGUCAUUAUUGCAUCAUCGCUAUGCCAUCUCCUCGCUACUUCCCGUACUGGAUUUUCUAGCUCCGAUUAUAAAAUAACAAAGCUCAUGGCUUACAUCGUUAACACGGGUUGUCUGACAAGCAUAUGUUCAAUGGUGGCUGUGAUUAUAUGUGCAGCGAUGCCGCACGACUUGAUAUUCCUCGGCGUUGAAUUUUUAUUGGCUAAAUUAUAUGUCAACUCGUUCUUCGCACUCCUGAACGCGCGAAGCUUCUUGCAGCCUACCACAGAUACUAAUAACAACUCUUCUGAAGUUCAUAUGCGCCACGCCCUCUACCGCCCGGAGCUGAACGUUAAGGCGUCGCAAGACGAGGAAUCCCAGGGAUCCCAGGGAUCCCGGAAGAACAUGUUUAAACAUUCCGACGAUGAAGUGAUGCAUAUUACUUCAUCUGCCAUGGUCAGUAGCUGCGUUUCUGGCGGUGGAAGAGUACUGAUUGUCACGCCUUAG